AUGAAGUACAUUGUCGUGAGUGGCGGUGUUAUUUCAGGUAUAGGCAAGGGUGUGAUCGCAUCCUCGACAGGUCUGCUGCUGCGCACGCUGGGUCUGCGGGUGACAUCCAUCAAGAUCGACCCGUACAUGAACAUUGACGCGGGUACCAUGGCACCGACAGAACAUGGUGAGGUGUUUGUGCUGAACGAUGGUGGCGAGGUCGACUUGGAUCUGGGAAACUAUGAGCGCUACCUGAAUGUCACGCUGACGCGCGACAAUAAUAUCACGACUGGCAAGAUCUACCGAGAGGUCAUCGAGAAGGAGCGUCGUGGUGACUACCUCGGUAAGACUGUGCAAAUUGUGCCGCACCUGACUGAUGCCAUUCAGGACUGGAUUGAGCGUGUGGCAGCUCUGCCUGUAGAUGAGAGCGGCGAAUCACCGGACGUGUGCAUUGUCGAGCUGGGCGGCACGGUGGGUGACAUUGAGUCGGCGCCCUUUGUCGAGGCACUGCGUCAGUUCCAGUUCCGCGUCGGCCAUGAAAACUUUGCUCUCAUUCACGUAUCGCUCAUUCCCGUCAUUGGUGGCGAGCAAAAGACCAAGCCGACGCAAGCAGCCAUUCGGGAUCUGCGUGGCUUGGGUCUCGUGCCUGACCUCAUCGCCGCUCGUUGUGCGGCGCCCUUGGAGCGACAUGUCAUCAACAAGCUCUCGCUCUUCUGCCAGGUGGGACCUGACCAAGUGCUCGGCGUGCACGAUGUCAGCUCCACCUACCACGUCCCACUGCUGCUGGAGGCGCAGGGCAUGAUCCGUUUCUUUGAGCAGCGCCUGCAUUUGGACCUGCAGCACGAUGUGCCCAAGGCCCGCGUCGCCGAUGGCAUGGAGCUGCGUCGGCGCUGGAAGGUGCUGACGCUGAACCAGGAGCGCGUCUUUGAGACGGUCGAGAUCGUCCUGGUCGGCAAAUACACAGCGCUCCAGGACUCAUACAUGUCGGUCGUGAAGGCGCUGGAGCAUGCAUCGAUGCAGUGCCAGCGCAAGCUUGUGCUCAAGUGGGUCGAGGCGAGUGACCUGGAAUCGCAUACCGAGCACGAGGAUCCCGUCAGGUACCACCAGGCGUGGCAGCAUCUGUGCUCGUCGCGUGGUAUCAUUGUGCCCGGUGGCUUCGGACAGCGUGGCACAGAAGGUAUGAUCUUGGCCGUGCGCUGGGCGCGCGAGAAGAAGAUCCCAUUCUUGGGUAUCUGCCUCGGUUUCCAGCUCGCCGUGAUCGAAUUCGCGCGGCACGUGUGUGGCCGCGAGAAGGCUGCCUCGGCAGAGCUGCACCCCGAGUGCCAGGACCCCGUGAUUGUAUACAUGCCGGAAAUCAGCCGCACACAUAUGGGGGGUACGAUGCGUCUCGGUCUGCGUCCCACUCUCUUUUCCGACGACAGUGCCCCAUGGAGCAAGAUCCGCCAGCUUUAUGGCGGUCAGUCGACGAUUUGGGAGCGCCAUCGUCACCGCUAUGAAGUGAACCCGGACGUCGCCGGCGUCAUUGAGUCAGAGGGCAGUAGCUCGGAGACGCCGCUCUAUUUCAUCGGCAAAAACGAGCAGGGCAACCGAAUGCAGGUGGCCGAGCUCCGAAACCACCCCUUCUUUGUCGGCAUGCAGGCGCACCCAGAACUAGCAUCGCGUCCCCUCAACCCUUCGCCGCCGUUCCUCGGUCUCGUGGCUGCCGCCGCUGGUGUUUUGCCCGGCCAGCUGCAGUACCAGCUUCAAACGUUCAAGCCGCCGCAUCCUCAGUCUGCCAUGGUACUCGAGUCGCAGGCCACCGAAUCCAUAGACACAAAGGCCGCCGCAUAG